CCCGCGGAGCGGAGCCCCCGCGGCAUGGCGUGGCGGGCGGGCGCACUGUGUCUGUGCGCGGCGGCGGUGCUGUGCGCGGCGGCGGAGCUGCGGCUGACCCUGCUGCACACCAACGAUGUCCACGGGCGCGUGGAGGCGCAGGGCGCGGGAGCGCGGGGCUGCGCGGGCGCGGAGCGGGCGGCCGGCUGCUUCGGCGGCGUGGCGCGGCGAGCGGCGCUGGUGGCGGCGGAGCGGGCCGCGCACCGUAACGUGCUGCUGCUGGACGCCGGAGACCAGUACCAGGGCACGGUGUGGUUCUCCCGCUUCAAGGGCUGGGAGGCGGUCCACUUCAUGAACCUCCUGCACUACGACGCCAUGGCUUUGGGGAACCAUGAGUUCGAUGAAGGUGUGAGUGGAUUAUUGGAUCCUUUCCUUAAAAAUGCUAGUUUUACGGUUUUGAGUGCCAACAUCAAGGGGAAAACCCCAUUAGGGAACGAAAUGAUGAGAUAUGUUAAUCCUUUUAAAAUAGUACAUUUUGACUCGGAACCAGUAGGAAUUGUUGGCUACACUACGAAGGAGACUUCUUUUCUUUCACAGCCAGGGGAUGAUGUUAUCUUUGAAGAUGAAAUUGAAGCUUUGCAAGUACAAGUGAAUGAACUUACUGCUCUGGGCGUGAACAAAAUAAUUGCACUAGGACAUUCUGGUUUUACUGUGGACAAAAAUAUUGCCCAAAAAGUGAAAGGAGUGGAUGUUGUAAUUGGAGGACAUACAAACACAUUUCUCUAUACAGGCACCCCACCCUCCACUGAACAGCCAGCUGGCCCAUACCCAUUCAUGGUUGACUCAGAUGACGGGAGGAAGGUGCCAGUGGUGCAAGCUUACGCUUAUGGAAAGUAUCUUGGUUACUUAAAUGUUACAUUUGACAAGAAAGGAAAUGUAGUUGAAGCAGUUGGAAACCCCAUUCUGCUGGACAGCAGUGUUCCUGAAGAUGAGCACAUUAAAGAUGAAGUGGAAAAAUGGAAGAAAGAUCUGGGGAAUUAUUCUACAGAGAUUGGAAAAACUAGUGUUUACCUGAAUGGUACAAGCCAAGCAUGCCGUUUCCAGGAAUGUAACAUGGGAAAUUUGCUCUGUGAUGCUGUGCUUUAUGAGAACACUGGACAUCCAGAUAAAAAGUCGUGGAACCAUGUUUCAAUGUGCAUCCUGAAUGGAGGUGGGAUACGGUCACCCAUUGAUGAACAGAGCACUAACGGUAGCAUUACUGUGGGAGAUUUGCUGUCUGUUUUGCCAUUUGGAGGUCGUUUUGAUUUGGUGAGGGUAAAAGGCUCCACUCUGAAAGAAGCUUUUGAGCACAGUGUGCGCAGAUACGGAAAAGGAAGCGGAGAGCUGCUGCAGGUUGGAGGCAUCCACGUGGUCUAUGAUCUCUCCAGAGCCCCAGGAAGCAGAGUUGUUACCUUAGAAGUGCUCUGCACAGCCUGCCGCGUUCCAGCCUAUGUCCCACUCCAGAUGGACCAAAUAUAUAAUGUGACACUUCCAUCCUAUAUGUUAUUUGGAGGUGAUGGCUAUCAUAUGCUGAAAGACAAAAAUCUGGGAUACAGUAAAGGUGAACCUGAUAUUGAAGUUGUUACCCGUUACCUCCAGAGAAUGAAGAGAGUUUACCCAGCAGUUGAAGGUCGAAUAAAGUUUUCUUCUGGAAGUCUUAUUGAAGCAAGUCUUACCCUGAUUUCUGUAUUGUUCACUGUAACGUUCUUGCAUACUUGAUUUUUGCUUGCUGUGUUUCCAUUCAGUGAGGAAGGCAGGCAGAGAGAUGAUGCCAACAAAGGGAAAAGAGAACUGUUCCCUUUUCUUAAACCUUAAAAUGAAUGUGUGUUGAGGUUUCUGCUUAUCAACAGUGAACAGUACAAGCCAUUGCUUCAAUGCCUCUACCAGAUUAAAGACACAUGGUGCAGAACAAGAGGGCAGAAUUCAGAACUUUUCUUAGCUUCAAUCUGCAGGUACCUUUUUCAAGUUUCAAGGAGCAAAGUUCCAGGGAAUAUUCAUGCUCCAUUGUAAAACAACCACUGACCAAAAUGGGAUGUUUUUAACUUGUCUUUUUUUUAGCUACUUUAGAUAAUGAGUUGAUUAAGAAUCUGGUUCCAGUAAUGUAAACAAG